ACAGCCCACAGUUUUGAAGGAUACCACGAAGUCGGUUCGCGUUGUCUUUCCCUCCACGCCGCCGGAAAAGUCACGCAUAAAAAAGCCUCAACCCGCAUUAGCUCAUUUCGUGCCCCUCUCUCUCUCUGUGUCUUGUAUUAAUUUCUCUCUCUAGAUUCUCUCUUCUCUUCUGCAACAAAAAAAGGAUGGCGGAUUCUAAGGCUAAGACCACAGUGGAAUCUGUCAGGGAAUGGGUCGUCGACCAUAAGCUUCGUACUGUUGGGUGUCUGUGGCUAAGUGGAAUAGCGGGAUCAAUCGCUUACAAUUGGUCUCAACCCGGCAUGAAAACCAGCGUCAAAAUUAUUCACGCUAGGCUGCACGCGCAGGCUCUCACGUUGGCUGCAUUAGCAGGAGCUGCAGUGGUAGAAUACUACGACCACAAAACAGGAGCAAAGGCCGAUCGAUAUGCAAAGUUCCUUCCAGUGGAUACCUACUCGCACAAGGAUUGAAUAAUCUCUAACCUCAAAACAUUUUUCUGUUAAAUUUUUGCUGGAGCUGUGGUAAACAGUGUAUAGCGCAUUUAACCCAAAUGUGUGCCAUUCAACAUGUUACAGCUUUGAUAUGCAUUUUUGGUGGCUUAUAAGUUAUCAGAUUAAUGAAACUUUUAUAUUCGUAAACUACAAAGAUUAUGGAAAUAAAAUAGACUGGUUUAAUUUGACAUGCA